CACAACUCUGAAUAUGUUCCUUUACAUGCAUGAUAGGAAAUUAGGAAUCGCUCACUAGUCAAAAGGUCUGCUGAUCAGAAGAAUAUCUUUCGGUAGGUUCCUAGUGUGCUUGCUUCUGAAGAUUGGUCCAGCUUUCCAAACUCAGAAUAAAAGAGAGAAAUUCUGGAGAGAACCAAGGUAGUAGUGUAGACUUCGGGUUCAGAGACAGCACCAUAGUAGUAUAAACCUUUGGGCUUCAGGUUCAGAGAGUCUGUAACAGAGAGUCUACUUCUGCAUUUUCGGCUUGUGCGAUCGACAUGGGGAGGCCCUCGUCGACGGAGAAGCUGGUGUGCGUGGUCCUGGCGUUGCUGGCCGUACUGUCGCCGUUGUACAUCGACCGGGAGCCAGAGGCGGAGGAGGAGGACGAGGAGGAGGGGUGGGGCUUGCUGCCGUCGGCGCUGUGGCUGCCGGCGUUUCUGGUGGUGCUGAUCGUGGCCAUCAACGUGGCGUGCUUCGUGGACCGGAGGAUCGUCAGGUUCGACCCCUACUGGAUACACCGCGUCGGGGGCUCCUCCUGCGGCCUCAUGGCCACGCUGCUGCUGCUCGGCUUCGUGCUCAAGUGCAAGGCCUCCUUCGAGUUCUAGAGCCAGUGAUACCUGAGCUUUGCUGUGGGUAUCGGUCAGUCUUUUUUCUUUCAUUUCAGAUGGUCAAUGUGUUAGGAACUGAGAAUCGAUCGCAUGGAGCAGCUCCUAUAGUUGCCCUUCUCUGCUCCUUGAUCUUGACUGAACCAUGUUCUUGAUCGCACACCUGCAAUGUAAAGUGUUUCUGGUGCUAGAUCACCAUUUACAGUAAUCUACAUGAUUUGAGGCUUGAGUUC